AGAGGAAAGUGAAGAGAGUGAUGAGGAAGAGAGUGACAGUGAUGAAGAUGAGGGGGGUGAAGAAGGAGAAGAAGGAGAGAAGGAAAUAAGAGAGGAAGAAGGAGAGGGAAAUGAAGGAGAGAAUGAAGAGGGUGGGGAGGAAACAGGAGGGGAAGGAGGAGAGGGAAUGAGGGCAGAGGAGACAGGAGUGGACGGGGAAGGAGAGCAUCCUACUCCAGUGGACGGGGAAGGAGAGCAGCCUACUCCAGUGGACGGGGAAGGAGAGCAGCCUACUCCAGUGGACGGGGAAGGAGAGCAGCCUACUCCAGUGGACGGGGAAGGAGAGCAGCCUACUCCAGUGGACGGGGAAGGAGAGCAGCCUACUCCAGUGGACGGGGAAGGAGAGCAGCCUACUCCAGUGGACGGGGAAGGAGAGCAGCCUACUCCAGUGGACGGGGAAGGAGAGCAGCCUACUCCAGUGGACGGGGAAGGAGAGCAGCCUACUCCAGUGGACGGGGAAGGAGAGCAGCCUACUCCAGUGGACGGGGAAGGAGAGCAGCCUACUCCAGUGGACGGGGAAGGAGAGCAGCCUACUCCAGUGGACGGGGAAGGAGAGCAUCCUACUCCAGUGGACGGGAAAGGAGAGCAUCCUACUCCAGUGGACGGGGAAGGAGAGCAUCCUACUCCAGUGGACGGGGAAGAGAAAGCAACACCAUAGCCAGAUCCAGCCCUGCCAGGGGAGACGAGACGACCCCUCAGUCCAACAACACUGAUCCCAGGAUGACUAAUGGAGCCCAGAGACUUCAGACCACAUCGCCAGACAGACAGACAGACAGACAUGACUAAUCUAUCCAGUGACUUGAUCUGUAGUCUCUCAGGAAGGCCAGAGGACCUGUGGUUGAUGUUUUUAAUAGUUCUGACUGUUUCAGUAAACAGCCUGAUAUUGAUGUUUGACUGUUUCAGUAAACAGCCUGAUAUUGAUGUUUGACUGUUUCAGUAAACAGCCUGAUAUUGAUGUUUGACUGUUUCAGUAAACAGCCUGAUAUUGAUGUCUGACUGUUUCAGUAAACAGCCUGAUAUUGAUGUUUGACUGUUUCAGUAAACAGCCUGAUAUUGAUGUCUGACUGUUUCAGUAAACAGCCUGAUAUUGAUGUUUGACUGUUUCAGUAAACAGCCUGAUAUUGAUGUUUGACUGUUUCAGUAAACAGCCUGAUAUUGAUGUUUGACUGUUUCAGUAAACAGCCUGAUAUUGAUGUUUGACUGUUUCAGUAAACAGCCUGAUAUUGAUGUCUGACUGUUUCAGUAAACAGCCUGAUAUUGAUGUCUGACUGUUUCAGUAAACAGCCUGAUAUUGAUGUUUGACUGUUUCAGUAAACAGCCUGAUAUUGAUGUUUGACUGUUUCAGUAAACAGCCUGAUAUUGA